AGUAUAGAGUCAGUUAACUGUCACUUGCGUUUUAAUAUUACCUUUCUAUUGUUUGUUAAAUGAAAACUAAUAUAAAAUAUCUUAGAUAACAAAUAAAUAUUAUCUACUUACCUAUUUGAAUUUGGAUAUUCGUUAUUAAUCAAAUUGCUAUUUGAUAUUGUAUACCUACUACCAUUGUUUAGUUAAACACUAACAACAGCUAUGGUUCAAUCUCAGUAUUCUUUAUCAUGGAAUUCAUAUAAGACUAGUAUAUGCAAUGGAUUCAGCUCGUUGCAACAGAACGCCGAGUUAGUAGAUAUGACUAUUGCAGCAGAUGGGCACUUUGUAAAAGUUCAUCAAGUGUUAAUGGCAUUGUCAAGCCCUUACUUAAAGGAACUUAUUACUUCUGCCCCAGGCCAACACCCCAUUCUAUUUCUUAAUAAUGUUUCUCAUAAAACACUGUCCCUAUUACUUGAGUACAUAUACACAGGUGAAGUACUUGUACCAUCUGAUGGAUUUGCAUCUUUUGGAGAAGCAGCUAGAGCUCUUCACAUAAAAGGCCUUGAAAAUAUUACAAGUACUGAUAAUUUUAAUCCCAAAAUGGCAACAAACAUGCCGCAGAUAGAACAAAAUUUGUGUCAUGCUAGUGGCAUUAAAAGGUUAGCUGUACCUACUAGUGAUGGAACAGAACAGAUAAGUUUGCCAGCAGCUGCCAGAAAAAUUUAUAUUAAACAAGACAUGACGCCUUAUACGACUAAAACUGAAGUACAGUCAACAUUUAAAGACGACACUCACGACUACACUGACAUGAUGGAAGACAGUGCGAUACAGGAUUCCGAUGAGGAUGCUGCACAGCCAACUAGUAAUAAGAAAUUGGUUAUUGAAGCUAAACCAUCAUCAAACCUCCAGUUUACCGUGUCGAUCCGCGGCUCGCUGCAGGUGAUCCUUAAUCGAUACAUCUACAACCUCCACUCCGUCACUCACCGCACCGGCGUCCGUCGUUGGCGAUGUGUCGACUACCGCAACAACAAGUGCAUGGCUUUUGUGGUUACCAAAGACAACAUCGUUUUAAACAGGGCAAAUCUUCACAACCAUUCGUUCCAUGAUAAGAAAAUUCUUACUAAAAUCGAAAAGAAAGCUGUAUAUUCUGCACUGGACGACGUUAAAGGCUACAAAGAAAAAAUGAUGGAAAGCGAAAGUUCUAUAGAACACGAUGGCACCAUGGUAGAUUUUAAUGAAAGCAUUAAUUCACUUUACUACCUAUUUGAGAGCAUGUUGCCGGUACGAUUUUUGUGUAUUAUAUUCGGCUUACAUGCUAUUCUUGCGAAUCCUCUGCCAAAAAACUACCCGUCGCAAUGCUAUCACGAAAUUCCAGCAAUAAAGAGGUUUCAAGAGUACAUACAAAUUGACACGAGCCAGGAAAAUAAUAUACAUUUUGCCGUGGAAUUUUGGCGUCGGCAAGCAAAUGAACUUGGCUUACCAUUUGCUGUGCACCGUCCGACCGGUAAACCGGUCUGUGUUAUUACUUGGGAGGGUUCCAAUACGACACUACCCAGUAUUAUGCUGAAUUCGCAUAUGGAUGUCGUCACUGUAUAUGAAACAGAUUGGACCUAUCCUCCGUUUGCUGGUCACAUAGAUGAUAAUGGGAACUUAUAUGGCCGUGGUACGCAAGACACCAAAGAUAUCGCUAUACAGUAUUUGGAAGCUAUUAGAAAACUUAGAAACAACAAUGUAACUCUUGAGCGAACUUUUCAUCUUACUUUAAUGCCGGACGAAGAAACGGGCGGCUUCAAUGGAAUGAUACCUUUUGCGGAGACAGCUGAGUUUGAAGCACUCAAUGUGGGUUUUGCAUUGGAUGAAGGACUCGUUUCUAGUGCUGACUAUUUUUUUGCCACAUAUCAAGAUAAAAGGCCAUGGACAAUGAAAUUUAAACUAAACGGUCCAAGUGGUCACGGUUCUGUGUUGUCAAAUGGAAGCGCUGUGGAGAAGCUGCAAAAGUUGAUCAGUAUUAUAAUACAAUUUAGAACCGAACAAGAAGAACGUAUGGCUGCAAAUAAUGCAUUAGACUACGGAAGUUAUAAUACGAUAAAUAUUAACAUUAUUCAGGGAGGAUUGGCUUCGAAUAUAGUACCUACUGAUAUAAAGACAGUCAUAGAUAUGAGACUGGCCACAUCUGCAGAUGCUGAAGCUAUGUUAGAUUUGGUAAAGAAUUGGGCAGAACAGGCUGGUAAUGGAACUGAAUUGACUUUCGCCCGAUAUGUCACGGAAUCAGCAGCGACACCACUCGAUGGUAACAAGUAUUGGGUUGCUAUGAAAGAAGCUAUCAAUAAUAUGGGUAUUCAAAUUACUCCAGUGGUAUGCCCGGGGACUACAGAUAUGGUCGUAAUGCGAAAUAAAGGCAUACCUGCGAUUGGAUUUGCGCCUAUAACUCAUACAAAAUCUAAUGUAAACGGAUCCAAUGAGUAUUUGAACGUUGACACCUUCCUCAAUGGUAUAGAUGUGUACGUAGCUAUUUUACAAAAGUUAGGAAAUUUACAAUUAAAAUUGCAAUUAAAAGUUAUGUAAUAAAAUUUGUAAAAUUCAAUUAUGUAUACUUUUUUUACCUAUUUACAUUCUCAUUAAAAUUUAUAUUAAUA